AUGACCACCGUCGCCAAGGAUGAGACCAGUGGGGAGUCUACAAUCGUGCUUCAAGAACUGAAGGAUUCCGAGAAAACCACCGAACUUUCUUUGGACGAACGGAUGCAUGCUCAAGGUGUUCCCAAAGCCGAUGUUAUUGUAAGUCGCCCACUGUUUUGUUUCAUUUCUGUUUUUAGGAGGAUGUUCCAGAGUAUUUGAAACGAAAGGGUCUUGAACUGGACGCUGCGACGAAGGAAAUUCAGGAGCUUUAUGGAAAAUAUAAAACUGUUGAGAAUGCGAUUCAAGAAAGGAGAAGUCGGUGGGUAUUCCACCGUUUUUGGUGGACGCAAUAGUUUUAUAAGGUAACUACGAUCGUUUCAGAUUAUUGGCCAACCUUCCGGACUUUGAAAACUCCUUGAAUUACAUUGAAACUGCAAAAGCCGCGAAGGUAGGUACCAAUUACAACAUAAUUGCUCAAAUCUUUAGGAAAAAGGCAAGACCGAGCUUCGAAUGUUGUACAAAUUGGACGAGAAUGCCUAUCAGCGAGCCAAGAUCGACGAUUUGGAGAAGGUUGUGCUUUUGUUGGGCUCAAAUACCUUCGCCGAAUUCACCUUGGACGAGGCCAAAGAGUUGUUGACCAGUAACAUCAAUGGAAUUAACCGAGUGUAAGAUUUUUCAAUUUGCUUUUUCUUGGUAUUUAGGACAACUCAGAGGAAUUGGAGUGCAAAAAAUGGCUGAUUUUACUGAAAUUCACCUUAUUUUAGGAUGGAGCUGCUAAAAGAAGAAUUGAACUGGGUUCGAGACCAAAUCACAACAUGCGAAGUGUCCAUUGCCCAUUUGUACAACUAUGGUGUGGUCCAGAAGAAGGCGGCCCAACCUAAAGCCUAG